AUGGGGAGCCAGAACGUGAUAGACAUUCCGACGCAGCUAGAAUAUUUCAGAGAGUACAAGAGAAAAUUGGAAAGUAAAAUGGGAAAACAAAAAAUGGAAAAACAUAUAGAAGAGGCUUUGUUUUGUGUAAGUGCAGGAACCAACGACUUCGUCAUUAAUUAUUUCACAAUUCCUGUACGAAGAAAGACUUUCACUGUCGAAGCUUAUCAACAAUUUGUUAUAUACAAUCUCAAGCAAUUUAUCCAGGUUUUAUGGCAAGAAGGAGCAAGGAAGAUAACGGUGGCAGGUUUGCCACCAAUUGGGUGUUUACCGAUUGUUAUAACAGUAUUUUCCGGCGAAGCUUUGACUAACCGUCGUUGCAUUGACCGUUUCUCCACCGUGGCCAUAAACUACAAUUUCAUCUUACAAAAAGAAUUGGGCCAUAUGCAAAUGAGUUUGGCCCAUCUUGGAUCCAAAAUCUACUAUCUCGACGUUUACAAUCCAGUCUAUGAGAUCAUACAAAAUCAUAAACAAUUCGGAUUCGAGGAAGUGAACAGUGGAUGCUGUGGAAGUGGAUACUUAGAGGCAUCGUUCUUGUGUAAUCCAAAGUCAUACUUGUGCCCUAAUACAUCUACUUAUGUCUUUUUCGAUUCCAUCCACCCAAGUGAGAAGACUUACUUCAAUCUCUUUAGGUCUCUCCGACCUCUUUAUGAUUCCAUUCUCGGUAGUUUUUGA